AUGGUCUACAAUGUUUCCCAAAAGUUUUUGGAGAAAAAUUCUUCCUAUGAUCACAUUUAUCUGGUAGACUCAAAAAAGGAAUACAACGCAAGUUGCCUUAAAGAUAAUUUGGAGGAGAAUAAUAUGAAAGGUGAAUGCAAUGCAUCCCUAGGGAUGGAAAACAGAAAAAUUGGUGACGACCAAAUCACAGCGUCUAGUCAGUGGGAUGGAUCGACCAUUCCAUCUAAAGCGCGGCUCCACAAUAACCCAGGUGGACCUGAUGCAUGGUCAUCGCGGGAAUUGGAUUUUGAUCAAUGGCUUCAGGUCGAUUUUCAACGGUCCACUAAAAUUACGGGAAUAAGUACCCAAGGAAGAAAUCAAUGUUGUAAUCAAUUUGUUCGCAGUUACACACUUUCAUUUAGCAACGAUGGUGCUCUUUUCGAAAAAUAUUCAGGUCAAGAUGGUGUUGCUAAGGAGUUUGUUGGUAACAGCGACAAGAAUUCUGUUGUAAACCAGAAGAUUACGCCUUCGAUUCAAUGUCGCUUUGUUCGGAUCUAUCCAACAGCGUGGAAUGAACAUAUAUAUUUCUAUGAGAGUCGAGUUUUAUGGUUGCUAAUUUUGAUUUUGAAGAAGACUUUACUUCAGUUUUUCUUAAAGGCACAUGACAAUAUAUCAACUUGA